GAUAAAUGCAGGAAGAGGUUUCAGAUGAUUUCCUGUCUCAUCAGGCACCUGCGUGUCCACAGCGGGGAGAGGCCCUACGAGUGUCCUGAGUUUGGAAAGAGCUUGACCCAGAACUCCACCCUGACUGCCCACCUGAGGACCCACACGGAGGAACAAAGCUAUGAGUAUGCAGAGUGUGGGAAGAGCUUCAGGACGAGCUCUGAACUGACCAUCCACCAGAGAAACCACACUGGGGAAUGGCCUUUUGAGUGGGGGGAAUGUGGGAAUAGCUACCAGAGGAGAAGCCACCUGACCCACCACAUGGAAGUCCACACAGGUCUGGAAGAGCCCUACAAAUGUGGGCAGUGUGGGAAGAGCUUCAUGUCAAAGUCCCACCUGAUUGGCCACCAGAGGAUCCACACUGGAGAGAGGCCCUAUGAGUGUAUUAAAUGCAAGAAGAGGUUUCAGACCAGCUCCUUUCUCCUCCUGCACCAGCAGCUUCAUACAGAUGAGAGGCCCUUCAACUGCCCUGACUGCGGGAAGGGCUUCAAGCAGAACGCUGCUCUCAUCAGCCACUGGUGCAUCCACACCGGGGAGAGGCCCUACGAGUGUUCUGAGUGUGGACAGAGCUUCAGCCAGAGCUCAGAGCUGGUGGCCCAUGAUCAGAUUCACAAUGGGGAGAAGCCCCACAAGUGCUUGGAGUGUGGGAAGAGCUUCAUGCAGAGCAACCACCUCAUCAGCCACCAGAUGAUCCACACAGGGGAAUGGCCCUACAAGUGUGGGGAGUGUGGGAAGGGCUUCAGCUGCAGCUCCACCCUCAUCACCCACCAACGCAUCCACACUGGGGAGAGGCCCUACGAGUGUCCCCAGUGUCAGGAGAGGUUUCACACCAGCUCCGAUCUCCUCUGCCACCAGCAGAUUCACACCGAGGAGACGCCCUUCACCUGCCCUGAAUGCAGGAAGGGCUUCAAGAGCAGCUCCAACCUUGUUAGGCACCAGCACAUCCACACUGGGGAGAGGCCCUACGAGUGUCCCCAGUGUGGGAAGAAGUUUCAGACCAGCUCCAAUCUCCUCCUGCACCAGCGCAUUCACACGGAGAAGAGGCCUCUCCGCUGCCCUGAGUGUGGGAAGGGCUUCAAGCACAACUUUACCCUCAUCAGGCACCGGCGCAUCCACACUGGGGAGAGGCCCUACGAGUGUCCCCAGUGUGGGAAGAGCUUCUCAGACCGCUCGUUCUUUACCCGACACCAACAGUCACCACUUCAUGAUGGGGAGAAGCCCCACAAGUGCUUGCAGUGUGGGAAGAGCUUUAGGCGGAGCUCCCACCUGAUCAGCCACCAGAUGAUCCACACCGACGAAUGGCCCUACAAGUGUGGGGAGUGUGGGAAGGGCUUCAGCUACAGAUCCAACCUUGUGACCCACCAACGCAUCCACACUGGGGAGAAGCCCUACGAGUGUCCCCAGUGUCAGAAGAGGUUUCAGACCAGUUCCAAUCUCCUCCAGCACCAGCGGAUUCACACUGAGGAGAGGCCCUUCCUCUGCCCUGAGUGCGGGAAGGGCUUCAAGCACAACUCCGACCUCAUCAAGCACCGGCGCAUCCACACUGGGGAGAGGCUCUACCAGUGCGCCACAUGUGGGAAGAGAUUUCAGACCAGUUCCAGUCUCCUCCAGCACCAGCGGAUUCACACAGAUGAGAGGCCUUUCCACUGCCCUGAGUGCGGGAAGGGCUUCAAGCACAACUUCACCCUCAUCAUCCACCGUCGCAUCCACACAGGGGAGAGGCCCUACGAAUGUCCCCAGUGUGGGAAGAGCUUCAACACCAGCUCUCACUUGACCAGACACCAACGG